AUGACCGACAUGUCUGUCUAUGAGCCUACACCAUUUGUUUCUCAUAUCAAGAGGAAUCAGAGUGAUUGUCCGUCUACUCCUGUUGAGGGGGUUUCCUCUAAACUGGCUCAUUUGGCAGAGGAUAUUGAGUUGAAGGCUCUUACUCAUUCCUUCUGGCUCCCUGUCGUUCUCCCCCCUAUGGUACAUAGCACCCCAGAGAAAUUUGAUGUCAUUGAGGACAUAACUUUUGUUCGGAACCUUUCUAUGGCUGACAGGCAAAGUCUUUUUGCGGAUGCUUCGCGUACCCUGUUUAGGGCCGAAUUCUUAGUUUCGAUGGUGGAUGACAAUGAAUAUGAUGCAUUAGGUUGUGGUGACCUUUCCAUAAAAAAGGAUGAACUGAAGGGGAAGUGUGAGACUCUUGAGCUGUAG